AGCUCGCCAUCGUCACCCAACCACCCAACAACCGUCCACUGCCGUUCACGAUGGCCUUCACCACCAACGCCACCAUCGCCUCCUUCGGCGGCAAGCUCUUCAAACUCUCCCACCAAUCCACCACAACCGGCACCCCGAUGGCCGUCAACCUCUACCUGCCGCCGCAAGCCCUCGCGAACCCGACCUCGCCAACCAAAGUGCCCGUGCUGAUCUACCUGUCCGGCCUGACGUGCACGCCCGAGAACUGCUCGGAGAAGGGCUUCUUCCAGCACCGGGCGUCGCAGGUGGGCCUGGCGGUGGUGUACCCGGACACGUCGCCGCGGGGGCUGAACCUUCCCGGCGAGACGGCGUCGUGGGACUUCGGCGCGGGCGCGGGCUUCUACGUCGACGCGACGCGCGCGCCCUGGAGCGCGGGCUACCGCAUGGAGAGCUACGUGGCGCGCGAGCUGCCGGCCGCGCUGUUCGGCGACCCGGAGUACGGCCGCUACCUCGACGGCGCGCGCGUGUCGAUUACCGGCCACUCCAUGGGCGGGCACGGCGCGCUGACGCUGUAUCUCAAGAACGAGGGGUUGUAUAAGAGUGUUAGCGCGUUCGCGCCCAUCGCGAACCCGGUCAAUUGUCCGUGGGGCCAGAAGGCGUUUGCGGGGUACUUUGGGGAGGAGGAUAAGGAGGAGUGGAAGCGGCACGACGCGACCGAGCUGGUGAAGGGGUGGAAGGGCAAGGAUCUGAAGGCGUUGGUGGACGUGGGCACGGCGGAUAAUUUCUAUAAGCAGGGGCAGCUGCUGCCGGAGAACUUUGAGAAGGCGGCCAAGGAGGCGGGCGUGACCGGGUUGACGGUGCGGUAUCAGGAGGGCUACGACCACUCGUACUACUUCAUGGCCACCUUCAGCGACGAACACGUCGACCACGCGGCGAAGCACCUGGGUUUGUUGUAGGAAAGGUGCACGGGGUAUGAAGAGGACAGCCGUGUCGAGCGGGGGGAGCCCAAGGAGGCAUUGACAUGACAUGCUUCCGACCGGUCUCUUUAUAAAAUAAAUAGAAAGUAGCUGUCGACCAGAUACGUGAAACGGCAGGCAAAGUCUAGGAAAUCGAUAUUCCAAC